ACACCUUCUUACCCAGAGUUUUAGCGUGACCUCUACUGCAGUUGAAAAUACUUGGGACCGGAGGUUGAAUCCAUUGAUUAUUGACGAUGUAACCCAUCUCUGCAAGGAUACGGUGGCAAUUUGAAUGAGAAACCCCUUCAUUUUGUGCAUACCCAUCGUAAGAAGGGCUUAUGUGCUCCUCGCCGCUUGAUUUCCGACUCGGGGUGCUCAGUGUUGCCGGGGUAGAGUCCGUUUCAGCUGCACUGCAUCAACAUGGGUGUGAUCGGUGUGCAGCUGGUGGUUACCAUGGUAAUGGCCAGUGUAAUUCAGAAAAUCAUACCUCAUUAUUCCUUCGCAAGAUGGCUACUCUGCAGUGGCAGUCUGCGGUGGUAUCAGCACCCUACGGAAGAUGAGUUGAGGAGCUUAGCUGGGAAACAAAAAGGACAGAAGAAGAAAGACAGGAAGUACAAUGGUCACAUAGAAAAUAAGCCGCUAACAGUUCCCAAGGACAUAGACCUACAGCUGGAGACGAAAUGCAUCACAGAAGUCGACACAUUAGCAUUGCACUACUUCCCGGAGUUUCAGUGGCUGGUGGAUUUCACAGUAGCGGCAACUGUGGUCUAUCUGAUAACAGAGCUCUACUACAGUGUGGCUGAGCCCUCAGGAGAGAUGAACAUCAGUGUGGUCUGGUGCCUGUUAGUCCUCGCUUUUGUCAUUAAGACCCUUUUCUCUCUAACGGCCCACUACUUCAAGCUGGAGGAAGGAGGCGAGCGAUCACUCUGCAUCACCUUUGCUUUCUUCUUUUUUGUCAAAGCCAUGGCCAUUCUCAUUGUCACAGAAAACUACCUGGAGUUUGGUCUGGAGACAGGUUUCGCAAACUUCUCUGACAGUGCUCUACAGUUUCUGGAGCACCAGGGCUUGGAGUCCCAGGGUCCCAUAUCUAAACUCACCUUCAAGCUGAUCCUGGCCCUUCUCUGCUCCCUGAUUGGAGCAUUUCUAACUUUCCCUGGUCUACGAUUGGCCCAGAUGCACCUAGAUGCACUCACUCUGACCACAGCCAAAUUUACACAGACUUUGCUUCAUAUCAACUUCCUGUCCCCUCUUAUCAUGGUCCUGCUAUGGGUGAAGCCAAUAACCAAGGACUACAUAAUGAACCCCACUCUGGGAAAGGAGAAUGUGCCUUUGAUGACUGAGGAUACGUAUGAUACGUUGCGGUUAUGGGCCAUCGUACUGAUGUGUGUGCUCCGACUCGCUAUGAUGAGACAUCAUUUGCAGGCCUACCUCAACCUGGCCCAGAAGGGUGUGGAGCAGAUGAAGAAGGAGGCGGGGCGGAUAAGUACCGUUGACCUGCAGAAGAUGGUUGCACGUGUUUUUUACUACUUGUGUGUAAUCGCACUACAGUAUGUGGCACCACUGGUGAUGUUGCUGCAUACAACUUUGCUGCUAAAAACCUUAGGUGGACACUCCUGGUGGGUCUACCCUGAAGAAGACCUGCCUUGCAUCUAUGAAAUGAACUCUGACUCUGUGAUGGGAGCAGCACCAAUAGCAGCCCCAACACCAGCUCCAGUGGUAGAAAGAGGAGCGCGGGCGUCAGUAGCCCAGCUGUCAGUGGCCCUGGGAGGCCUGCGGACUGUCUUCAGCCCUUUACUUUUCCGGGGCCUCUUCUCCUUCUUUACUUGGUGGAUUGCUGCCUGCCUCUUCUCCACCUCCCUCUUUGGCCUCUUCUAUCAUCAGUAUCUCAUGGCAGCAUAGCAUCACCAACCCAGCAGUGGCAGCGAGACCCCCACGGGGCUGCUGUGUGUUCCGCCUUUUCAGAAAGGACUGAGUGGGAGCAACAGAGGCCUAUUGAUGACUCUGCUCCACAAACUCCCCCUUUCCCUUCCUCCCUCCCUCUGACCACCUCAACAAUGACUGACCAUAUCAUCAGAGCUCCUGGUUCAACUUCCAGUGCUUCCUCCACAGAUGACUCUGUGACACUCGUCAUUGUUUUUAAUACAACGACCACUACCUUUUCAGUUGGAGAGCAAGAUUUAUAAACCUUAAUAACGGACUAAAGUAUGAGUUAGAAGAAUAUUAAUCUGUGUCAGUGGCGUAUUGGCAUAGUAACGAGAAAAUGGUCCAUUUUGCUGUGUGAAAUUUGAAUGAGUUAUGAAUAAUAUAUUUCAGAUGCUGAUUGCGAUUAAUUUUACGUGUUAAUGUGGUGUGGCAGUUUGGCUCAGUUCCACCAGUGUUAGGGGAGAAUUUGAUUCAUGUUCCUGUUAAAAAAAUAUAUAUAUAUAUCACAACUUUCUCGAUCAAGUUUGAUCCAUCAACAUCUCCAGAAUCAUGCAUUUUACUUCAGAAAGCCCUAAAUGCAGCCUCUUACAGCUUAAUGCAUGUCAGUAGGAGUCUGAUUUCAGGCUGUUGACCUCCUAUUUAAAUCCUUUCUUUUUACACUAAGGCUUCUUUCAAUUAGUAUUGGCGAAGAAUUACAUGAGGAAACAUGACUUGAUACAUUCUGUUAGGUCAAACUUUUAUUGGUUGGUUCCAUUGACAUGAAGAGUCAUGCAACUAUCUAUAUUCCAGUCUGUAUUACAGUUACUGAUGGGGCUUCAUUCCAACUCUGAUGUAUUGUAAAGAAGUUUCAUGUAGGUCACAGAAAAUGACUGAAUCUGGACAUGUUCAUGGAAUCACCUUGUUUUCUUUGUAAGUUUUGGGGAAACUGAAACUGCCAUACUUGUGUCCCAUGUUUGUCUUUUAAUCCAAACUUUAAAAAUGUGUGUUCAAACAAGAUUGCCUGCUAUACUCCAAUCCAUUGCCAAGGACCACAAAAUUGUCUAAAAUAGUCUUAAAAUGUUGCGACGAAGACCAGCACGUCUCUGUUUGUAGAAGGAGGGGGAGGAGGAGGAGGGAGGGGCAGCCUGUGGAUAUUCCCAGAAUGGCUGUCAGCCAAAUAGGGUCAGAGUGGAGAACUGAAGAAGAGCUGCACCUGCAGAGGAGAAGGAGGAGAUGUUUAAGCUCAUGGCUAGACAUCUCAGUGACUUGAAGCUGAUGUAUUUAACUGUUUAAUCUGCGUCGUAACCUCCCUGGUUUUAACUGAGCCAUUUUAGAAGAUGAGAGAAUUUUAAGCUCUAUUUUUGAGCAGCAGAGAUGAUUUAAAGGGAGGGCAGCACUGAGGGCUCGCUCAAGGUAUGUGCUUGUGUCCGUGUGUCUGUCUGCAUGUAUAGGAUCGCUGCAGUAAUCUGAAAGGGCAUUGUGAUCAAGAGGAGAUGAUGUCAACUACUGUUGAUAAGCUACCGCCUUUAUGUUCAGCUUUUUUUUUUUAUUAUUAUUUUUUUUAUCUUUUACCCAUCCAUUGCUUUUAAACUCAUUUGAGAACAAUCACUUGUUUUUAUUCUUUUUCUAAUGGAUCAAAUAGUGAAUUUAUAAACGUUUUUUUUUCUUUUUUAAAUGGUGCCAAGUGAGUGUGUCCCCCUGUCCCAAUGGCUAGAUUUGGUGUCUGCAAGUGUUUGAAAUUACAACUGGACUACAACUCUGCGGCCUUUUGUGUUCAGUAGAUCGUUCUUGAUGAAGAGUCACACACCCUGGUUCACAACAACACAUAACGGUGUUUACAGUGUUGCAUACUGUAGUUCUUCAGUGGGUAAAUGUACGCAAAAACAUUGUCAUUGUGCUUUUGAAGCACCAGGCCAAUAUGAUUGUCCAGUCCGUUCAGGAAUGUAGAGUACGUGGUGCCAGAUUAAUUACAGAUGACACAAUCUUGUGGAUUUCUGGCAUUUUAUUUUGUCAAUAAUUAUCAUAGAGCUGUACUUUAUGAAUCCUGGCUCUAUGAGUUUUGGACAGAACACAUUUUACAAAAUCAAGCAGCACCAUAUCACAUUUUUUUAUCUCCUGAUGUCGAAAGUCUUAGCUUCUGUUUUAAAUGAUGGGGAAUAUGCACAUAAUGAAUGUAUCAAUCCUGCCUAAUUUCUAGAUUGUUUUCAUGAAAAUUAUUUGUAUGGUGAGUUGAUUUAACCCCACCCCCUCACUUCCUUUCUCGUCUACUACCAUCUGUUAAAUCUACCUUUUUAAACUAAAUCUAAUUUGUCCUAAUGACUAUUUUCAUUGAUUCAUGUUUGUUUUUGUAUUUAUUACACAUGCUGAGGCCUGUAAACAUUUCUAAUUUUAACAGCACACUCUUUUAUUUUUUAGCGGAGAGCAUGUUGGCUUAAAUCGGUUUUUAAAAAAAAUGUUUGACAAAUCAGUUCCAGAUUAACUCUUUUUUUUAGUAGCUGGGAUACUUUCAGAAUUCAGUGGCCUGCUGAGGCAAUGUUUCUUCUGUUUGUUACCACUGAAAGUGUUUAUUAUUCAUUGUUGAGUUCACAAAGUAAAUUACACACAUUGUUCUUUCAUGUAUUUAUUUCUGCUUUAGAUUUUGUCUUAAAUAAAUUAUGUUCUUUACUAUGUCCUUUUUUAUUUUCACUUUAUGCUCUACUGGCUUCAUACAUGGCCUUAGCAGUGUCACAACAGGGAGAUCGGGUCAUUUACAAAGCUUUAGAUGUGAUCAGCACUUUGUACUUUUUGUGAACUGCUGUGAAAUUCCGAACAAAGAUCUCUAACAUUUGUUUUUAGUGUUGAAAUAACCGCUCAUAAUUGGGUCAGCUUAUAGUCCUAUGAAAGAAGUAGAAGAAUAGAAGUAGAAAUCACAGAUGGAUUUAUUGGUCACAGUCAUUAAAUGCUGCAGAAAAACUGAGUUUGGGUAUUAAAUAUAUACAUAUUCACUUUGAUGAAUUUUGUAAAGUAAGCUCAGCAAGUCAGUAUUCCCAUUGAAGUUUUAUGAUACUCUGGCCCAUACAAGAGAAUGACUAACAACCUCAGAAAUGAUUCCUCACCAAAGACUCGUUGUAAAAUAGUUCAUUGACUCAGUUUGUCUGUCUUGUUGGAUCUCAUUCCCUCCUUUCCUCCAAAUCAUGCCAACAUGGAGGAAAAGUCUUUGAAAUGUGGUUACAAACAAUAAGCUGAUUAUUUGGCAUGUUGUGUGUUGCAAAAUUGUUCACUUGUUUUAGCUCGUUCUGUGCUGUAAAGAAAAUUUUAACAAGCUAAUUUUUUUUUUCUUUAAAAGGAAUGAAGAAAAUGUGAGUGAUUUUUUUACAGAGUCAGAAUGUAGAAAUCUGUUAAAUAAUUUGAAUAAAGUGGUGUUGUUUUAUA